UCAGAAAUCGGCGUUUUCGGCGAUCGCCUAUCGAGCAAAAGCCUAAAUAUCACACACCCGAGAGGCCGACAGGCGGGACACAUCCCAACGGCCGCACCGAGAGCACGCUGCCGGCGCGGGACACAUCCCAACGGUCGCACCGAGAGCACGCUGCCGGCGUCACCAGCGCCCACAGACUUCCCCAGGGCCUCCCACCAUGUCCCGCCUACGCAUCCGAGAUCGAAUUGCUCGCAAGAAGCGAGCACUGCUGCUGAUGCAGUGGCAGCAGUCCUAUAGCCUCUACAUUUAGCAUGUGGUUCGCUUCCCACGUCGCGGUCAUCUACAUCACUCUGGGUCUCCUGGCCAUCGAUGAUAUCCCAACCGGUGCUGCACGGAGGGACGUAGACAACUUCUUCAGCCCUCAGGAUUGCGUGGAGUUUAUGAGGUUUACGCGAGACCAGAUCGUACUCAUGCUGGAACUGCUCAUGGUGCCUGCCAUCAUUCGGACAGAGUGUGGCUUUGUGGUGGGCGGACGAGAGGCUCUUUGCGUGCUGCUGUACCGACUUGCGUUCCCGUACCGUUUGAAGGACAUGCGUCUGGUUUUUCGGCCUGAGCGAAUCCUGUAUCUGCGAGACUUUCAACUGGAUGCUACACUUCAUGGAUUUCAAGUGGGGGUUCCUCCUCUCGCUGGACGUUCAACGGCUGGUACCAAAGCUUCGUACUUUUGCGGAGGCAGUUUACAACAAAGGUUGUCCCCUGACACACUGUUGGGCCUUCAUCGACGGAACUGUGCGCGGCCUAUACGCAACCAGCGCUUUUUCUACAACGGGUACAAGAGGAAGCACGCUAUCAAGUUCCAAGGAGUCGUGACGCCAGACGGGCUGUUUGUUGAACUGUACGGCGCAGUGGUUGGAACGAGGCACGACGGCCACUUGCUUGCGCAGUCUGCACUACUUGAGAAGCUACAGACCCACAUGAACAGCCCUUCAGGCCACCGGUAUUGCUUGUAUGGUAAUCCAGCGUACGGUCAGACCGAUCACAUACAGUGCCCUUUUAGUGUAUCUGUCAAUGGUCCCCUUACGCCCGCGAUGAGAAACUUUAACAAGAGCAUGAGCCGAUGCCGAGUGACGGUCGAAUGGGGGUUCAAGGAGAUGACUAGCAAGUGGGCCUUCAUUGACAUGAAGUGCCAGCAUAAGUUCCUGCUGAGCCCUGUAGCGACGCAGUACAAGGUAGCAACACUGUUGUCAAACUUCCACUCCUGCCUGAACGGCGGCAACCAGAUUUCACAGUACUUUGGAGUAGAGCCUCCCACGCUGGAAGAGUACCUCAAGUUGUAAGCCUCAGCGGUUUGUCAGGGAAAUAUGUUGGUCCAAUCGCACUUAUGGUAGACAGGAAACUUGUUUGUGCCGAAAGGUUACGGCUUGCAAAGGGGGAAGUUGCAGAUGGGGAUGUAGUAUUUCUUCCAAUCAGGAGAGGACUUGUACUACCUGGUCAUUAGGUUAAGAAGGAGGUUUCCGCACGAGGGCUAGGCAGUGUGAGAAUUGUCACCACACCAAAGAUCCCCAAAGGUGGUUUAGUUCCUAUUCCACCGAGUGCUUCUGUGUUUGUUGGACAGCUGAGAUGACGUCUGGCCUUUGCAUCUGUUUCGUGCGGGGCUGGUUGCACGAUGCACGAUAUAAUUCGGGAGUACUGCAAGUGGUAUUAUUUCCUUUCUAUGGCUGCCCCUUAGCCGUUCCACCUCCUUCCCCACCCUCUGUGGAACUUCGACUUAACACGUCAACUCCAGUGGACGUCGUUUUUAUUUUGCAAGCACGCGCUCUCUCUCCGUUCAACCAACAAAAAAAACAACGAGGCACAUGCGUGCACGGUGCAACACUAGACAUCUCUUCCUCAGCAUGUACUCACC